AUGUCAGGCAACAAAGCCUCAAGGCAGAAGCCCUGCCAGCGCUGCAGGAGCAGGUCAGCCUCAGACCCACCAGACACCUCCACCAUCCACUAUGAGAAGUUCUGGCUGUACCGUCACUGCUCGUCCCUGCAGCAGCGGGACAGGCAAGCCCAGAAAGCUGGGCAGCUCUUCUCAGGGCUGCUGGCCAUGAACGUGGUGUUUCUGGGCAGCGCCUUCAUCAGCAGCAUGAUUUUCAACCACGUGGCCAUCGCCCUGGCAGAUGUCUGGAUCCUGCUCUCCAUCCUCAAGGUCCUGUGCCUGUGCUGGAUCAGCUACUACCUGCUGCCCCCCAGCCGGCAGCCGCACGCCGUGCUGCACCGGGACGCCCACGCCGGGCCCAUCUGGGUCAGGGGUUCACUGAUGCUGUUUGGCAGUUUCAGCAUCCUCCUGAACGUGUUUCAGAUUGGCUACAGCACCAUUCUCAUCCACUGCAAAUCCAGGGUGGAAAUUGUGUUCCCCAGCAUUGAAAUAGUUUUUAUUUGCACCCAGGCUUUUUUCCUGUGCCAUCACUCCAAGGACUGCAUUCAAGUCCAGCACAACCUCACCAGGUGUGGGCUGAUGCUGACCACAGCCACCAACCUCCUCCUCUGGCUCUUGGCUGUGACCAAUGACACCAUCCACACGGAGAUGGAGUCUCAGCUGCGGGAGGUGGAGCAGCGAUUUUCAGGCAACGAGACGACCUCAUGCACAUGCCCAAACACGACCAUCUGCAAAGUCUUCCAGAAGGGCUACAUCCUGCUCUACCCCUUCAACACCGAGUACUGCCUCAUCUGCUGCUCCAUGCUCUACGUCAUGUGGAAGAACGUGGGGAGACGCAUCAGCCACCACCACGUCCCUCACAUCAAGCCCAGGUUCAAGCUCCAAGGGGUGGUCUUUGGGCCACUGCUGGGCACCAUGGCCGUGGUCAUCGGGAUCUGUGUCUUCAUGAUGUACCAGAUCCAGGCCACUGGCUCAGCCCCCAACCGCCAGGUCUUUGUCAUGUACUACUCCUACUACAUUGUGCUCCUUCCCCUGAUGAGCGUGGGUGCAGUGAUUGGGACAAUCAUCCAUGCCUUGGAAAAAAGGGAGCUGGACACGCUGAAGAACCCAACCCGCAGCCUGGACGUGAUCCUGUUGAUGGGAGCAGCCCUGGGCCAAAUUGCCAUGUGCUACUUCUCCAUUGUUGCCAUUGUGGCCACUGACCCCAGGGACCUGCUGAACAGUCUCAUCCUGUCCUACGCUGUCCUCCUCAUCUUUCAGAACAUCACCCAAAACGUCUUCAUCAUCGACGGGCUUCACAGGCAGCCCUUUGUAGCAGCAGCUGAGGCCAGACACACAGACCAUGCUGAGCAGCAUGAGGUGGCUUCAGAGCUACCUGGGGAAGAGGAAGCUACAACAAGCAUCAAAGAUGAGCACACAGGGAUCCCUCCUGACAAAGAGGGAGAAACAAAAGAAGAGCAGAAUCAUGAAGCCUAUGAUCAGAGACGAGUGAGCAUGUUGGAGCUGGGAGAGGAGAUCAGGAAAGUUUCAUGGUCCUACAUCCACAGCUACUCCCACCUGAGUUGGAAGAGAAGAGCACUAAGAGAGAUCUCAUUCUUCUUGGUUUUGUGCAAUAUCAUACUGUGGAUCAUGCCCACGUUUGGGGCUCACCCCGUCUUCGAGAACGGGCUGGAAAAGUCCUUUUAUGGCUACUCCACCUGGUUUGUGAUCGUGAACUUCGGGCUCCCACUGAGCGUCUUCUACCGGAUGCACUCGGUUGGGGGGCUCCUGGAGGUCUACAUCACAGCCUGA